AUGACAGCGGUGGAUGUGGUGCCCACUGCCCUGGAUGUGGUGCCCACUGCCCUGGAUGUGGUGCCCACUGCCCUGGAUGUGGUGCCCACUGCCCUGGAUGUGGUGCCCACUGCCCUGGAUGUGGUGCCCACUGCCCUGGAUGUGGUGCCCACUGCCCUGGAUGUGGUGCCCACUGCCCUGGAUGUGGUGCCCACUGCCCUGGAUGUGGUGCCCACUGCCCUGGAUGUGGUGCCCACUGCCCUGGAUGUGGUGCCCACUGCCCUGGAUGUGGUGCCCACUGCCCUGGAUGUGGUGCCCACUGCCCUGGAUGAAUAG